AUGAACAGCACAGAAAAAGCUAAGAAACAACAGUCCGUCAUGGCGGAAAUCGGUCUUCCCAGCCCUGGAGAGGCUGGAGAGCCCAACUUGGACCGACCGCUCGGGACAGAGUUUCGACAACAGAAUGAAGACCGUAAAGACACGCCUACAUUUUUGGCUUGGGUCACACUCUCCCGACACGCCCACUAUCGCAUGGAAAGGAGAUUUUGGAUCGCUUUAUAA